AUGGCCACCUCCUGCCCCUGCCAGCCGGCGGGCUACUGUUUGGAACCACAGCCCAUCUUACCUGCCUUUCUGGUUGUGUCUUCCAGUCCCGGGCUCCUCCUGCUGCUCGGCGGCCUGCAAGCCGGUGUUGCAGAUAUUCAAGAAAAAGAAGUCCGGGCCAUGGUGGGCAGCAACGUGGAGCUCGGCUGCGUGAGCCCGGAAGAAAGCAGUUUUGAUUUAAACGACCUCUUCGUUUACUGGCAAAUCAGCGAGCGGAACACCGUGGUGACCUACUACCUCCCGCAGAACAGCUCCACGGCCCACGUGGACAGCCACUACAGGAACCGGGCCUGGCUGUCGCCCGACAGCAUGAAGCUCGGCGACUUCUCCCUGCAUCUGUUCAACAUCACCCCCCAGGAUGAACAGAAGUUUAACUGCCUGGUGUUCAGGAAAUCCUUAGAAUUAAAAAAGGUUCUGGAAGCUGUGGUCACGCUGCAUGUGGCAGCGAACUACAGCAUGCCCGUCGUGAGCGCCCCCAGCGGCCCCUCCCAGGACGAGCUCACCUUCACGUGCACGUCCACGAACGGCUACCCGAGACCCAACGUGUACUGGAUCAACAAGACGGACAACAGCCUGCUGGACGCGGCCCUGCAGAACAACACCAUCUCCUUGAACUCCAGGGGCCUGUAUGAUGUGGUCAGCGUCCUGAGAAUCGGGCGGACCCCCCACGUGAACGUCGGGUGCUGCAUAGAGAACGUGCUCCUGCACCAGAACCUCACUGUCAGUAGCCAGGCAGAAACUUUCACGGGGACCCGAGACAAGAUCAUAGAGAAGCCAGGCCGUACCCACAAGGCGCAAACCGCCAUUUUCAGCGUCGUGGCUGGCUUCGCGGUGGUGGCGCUGGCUGUGGGCUGGAUGUGCAAGAGGAAGAGGUGUCCCCUGGGACGCUACGCAGGUGCCCGGGCUGCGAGGCCGGAGCUGGAGCUUGCGGGUGAGUCGGCCGCCCCGACGCAGCGGGGCCCAGGCAGGCCAGGCCCCUGUCUGUCUCCGAUUUGCAGAAAGCUUUCAGAAGGCAAAAGUGUGCCCUCACAGCUGUCGCCAGAGACACGGUGAAACCCUCAGGGGUGCGCACGGCGUUUCCGCCCACGUCCUGGCACGUGACCACCCCACUGUGUGCACUCGCCAACACUGUGCGGGAUUGUCCCCUUGUCGUCACCACCCGCGUCCUGAGAACAUGGGUCUCUUCGCCUCCAAGGUGAAAAGGACCGUCUCAUGUCCUCUCUCCCCACUUUCCUUCCAAGACCACGCGUGACAGCCACGCACCGCCCAGGACGUGGACAGGGCUGCUGUGACGUGCCAGCCGGGGACGCCAGGCGGCAGUUUGAGAACGGACUCACCCGGCCUGGUGGCAAGUUGGGCAAAGAGCCGUCUGCCGGUGCACGUGCCACCAGCGAGGGCAGGAGCCUCCCGGCCCAGAGGGGAGACCACGGCCAGAACCCGGGAGAAUGCGCCAGUCCCGGAGCCAGGCCCUUCCACCGCGGCGGCGCCGAGGCCAGUGCUCCCGAGUGCGUGGGCGCCCGCCUUUGCUGCUCUGGGGGUGGCCCCUCCCCACCAGGAGCCCCGGAGCCCCCAGAGCUCGUGUGACUCAGCGCCAGGCUCUUCCAGAUGCCGCGCACCCGCUGCGGGACACGGUCCGAGGCUGAAGGCAGCGGGUCCAGCUGGACGAGGAGAAGAGGGGCGCCCACUGUCUCCCAGGGCCUCUGCGUGGUGGGGGCGCCCGCGUGUUUGCAGCAAGAACAGAAACGAGGAAUGGGGCCCAGAGGGCAGGCCGAGUGUCCCGACGCUUGCCACAAGACAUUGUUUUUCUAUAAAAAAAGCCCCCAUGGGCUUGUAAAUGAGUGUGAUGAGGGA